AUGUCGUCCUCAAACCUCUUCAUGCGCACCCUCCGCCUCCAGCAGCAGCCACGCCUGCAACAAGUCCGCACGUUUCGUACCGCGAGGCCUUUGUGGGCGAGUAAGGAGACGGCGCCUGCCGACGAAACCCGCAAAGCCGAAAUCGAAAACACCAAGCAAGAACAACUGCGCGAGCAGAAAGAGGGCCGGAAUGAGUGGAAGGAUGGGUUGGCGAGUGAGAGUGAGAGUGUGGUGAAAGCCGACCGCGGCGAACUCAAAGCGAACAAGGAGACGAUUGGCGAGUUGCAGAAGGAGAGCGCUAAGGCGGCGCAGAGGGAGAGGGAUGGGAAGUAG